GUUUGAAUUUGCAGGAUCGCAGAAAUAGUUGCCAAAUCAAGUAGCGAAGUCAUUAAAUGGCGAAUUCGUAGUAAAUAAACUAAUCAAAAGCAAUAACGAGAAUACUAAAGUAAACAAAGCAAUUAACGGACAAACUGUGCGACUAAGCGUCGGUGUUUCCAUUGUCAAAAUGUCGCACUUUAGCGCGAUAUUCGAGAAUUUGCGUUUGGUAGCUGCCAAACGUAUGCCAAGCACGCCAACGCAUCAACAGAAGCUACAACAACAGCAACAGAAACAGUUACAACAACAGCAACAACAGCAGCAGCAGCAGCAUCCACACAACGCAUGCAAUAGCAAUGCCAUAGAAAACAACGAAAUCCAAACAAAUCAUCAUUCCUCGCCGCCAACAACGGAAAAGCGCAACGAAAUGGAAAACGGCAGAAGGUCACAAAUCCACAUUAAAGAGCCACAAGAACAGCUGCAGCAACAAAACCUGCCAGGUGGCAGCAAUAGUGCCAACAGCACACCAAAUCGGCAGCACUACACAAAGAGGCAGAGCAUUUCGGGGCGAGGCACAGAGAGUGCCAAAAAUUCGCCAGUUCACGUUGGCCGCAGUGCAACGGGUGGUGGCAAUAGUACGGGCGUAAUUGUGGAAAUCGAUGGCAGUCGAACUGCUGGUGGUGGUGGUGGUGGCGGAAAGGCACGUGAGCUUUCGCCUACACCGAAGAAUCAGGGACAGCGUAAACUGUCGCAGGAUUUUCGAGCGCGUGCCGGCAGUUUUAUACACGUGGAUGAGGAGGGGCGCAGCAUACUGAUACGCAAGCCCGUGCGGCUCAAGAAUAUCGAGGGCAGGCCAGAGGUGUAUGAUACGCUACACUGCAAAGCAAAAGAGUCAUUGUCCUGUUCGAAAGCGACAUGCAUGAGCAGCGUUAUGGCCCUCGGCACGGCCCCAGUUGAAGCGCGCAAGCCCGAUGUGGUACUGGAACAUGCCAAAGAUUUUUUGGACCAAUAUUUUACAUCGAUAAAGAGAGCUUCGAGUGUCGCUCAUGACACCCGCUGGAAACAGGUGCGUCAGAAUAUCGAAUCCAGUGGCUCUUAUCAACUCACCGAAACCGAAUUGAUUUAUGGCGCGAAAUUGGCCUGGCGCAAUUCAUCACGUUGCAUUGGACGCAUACAAUGGUCCAAAUUGCAGGUAUUCGAUUGUCGUUAUGUCACCACAACGAGCGGCAUGUUCGAAGCCAUUUGCAAUCACAUCAAAUAUGCGACCAACAAAGGGAAUCUCAGAUCGGCAAUUACGAUAUUUCCGCAGCGCACAGAUGGCCGCCACGAUUAUCGCAUUUGGAACAGCCAACUCAUUUCGUAUGCUGGAUAUAAGCAGACCGAUGGUAAAAUCAUUGGAGAUCCUAUGAAUGCGGAAUUUACUGAGGUUUGCCUCAAAUUGGGCUGGAAGGGCAAAGGUACCGAAUGGGAUAUUUUGCCGUUGGUUGUGUCAGCAAAUGGUCACGAUCCGGACUAUUUCGAUUAUCCACAGGAAUUAAUAUUGGAAGUGCCGUUAAGUCAUCCAAAAUUCGAGUGGUUUGCGGAUUUGAGCCUGCGCUGGUAUGCCGUGCCCGCAGUGUCAUCGAUGCUGUUCGAUGUCGGUGGCCUCCAGUUUACAGCGACUACAUUUAGCGGUUGGUAUAUGUCAACGGAAAUUGGUUGUCGGAAUUUGUGUGACUCAAAUAGACGCAAUAUGUUGGAGACCAUUGCGUUGAAGAUGAAUUUGGAUACGCGCACACCCACCUCGCUGUGGAAGGAUAAGGCACUUGUGGAGGCGAAUAUAGCAGUAUUACAUUCCUAUCAGAGUCAUAAUAUUACAAUUGUGGAUCAUCACACAGCCAGCGAGAGUUUUAUGAAACACUUUGAGAAUGAAUCAAAAUUGCGCAAUGGCUGUCCAGCUGAUUGGAUUUGGAUUGUGCCGCCUAUGUCUGGCUCGAUAACGCCUGUCUUCCAUCAGGAAAUGGCUUUGUAUUAUUUGAAGCCAUCGUUUGAGUACCAAGAUCCGGCUUGGCGUACGCACAUAUGGAAGAAAGGACGCGGCGAAGGCAAGAGCAAGAAACCGAGACGUAAAUUUAAUUUCAAACAAAUUGCAAGGGCUGUGAAAUUUACAUCGAAAUUAUUUGGGCGCGCCUUGUCAAAACGUAUCAAGGCGACUGUUUUAUAUGCAACCGAAACGGGCAAAUCGGAGCAAUAUGCAAAACAGCUGUGUGAACUAUUGGGACACGCAUUCAAUGCACAGAUUUACUGCAUGUCCGACUACGACAUUUCGUCUAUAGAGCACGAAGCCUUACUCAUUGUGGUAGCAUCAACAUUCGGUAAUGGCGACCCUCCAGAGAAUGGAGAGCUUUUCUCACAGGAAUUGUAUGCGAUGCGUGUGCAGGAGAGCAGCGGCGAUGGUCAGGAUUCCAGUAUCGGUGUCAGCUCAUCGAAAUCCUUCAUGAAAGCAAGCUCACGCCAAGAUUUAAUUAAGCUACCACUACAGCAAGUGAAGAAAAUUGAUCGCUGGGAUUCGCUGCGUGGCUCGACGUCAGAUACGUUUACGGAGGAGAAUUUUGGACCGCUGUCGAAUGUAAGAUUCGCCGUCUUCGCUUUGGGUUCCUCUGCCUAUCCCAACUUUUGCGCCUUUGGCCAGUAUGUCGACAAUAUACUCGGCGAGUUGGGCGGUGAGCGGCUACUAAAGAUCGCUUAUGGUGAUGAAAUGUGCGGACAAGAACAGUCUUUCCGCAAAUGGGCGCCUGAGGUAUUUAAGCUUGCUUGCGAAACUUUCUGCUUGGAUCCAGAUGAAAGUCUAUCGGAUGCCUCGUUGGCUUUACAGAAUGAGUCUCUCACGGUGAACACAGUACGACUGGUACCCUCAAAGACGCGUGGCAUACUGGAAGAGUUGCUAUCGAAAUUUCACAAUAAAAAAGUUUAUUGUUGUCAAAUCAAAGAAGCGCCAUUUAAUCUCACCAAUAUUGGCAAUGGUGAAAAAACUACAAUACUUUUGAAGAUCAACGCUCCCGGCUUGGAGUAUGAGCCAGGCGAUCACGUUGGCAUAUUUCCCGCCAAUAGCGCAGACGUUGUUGAUGGCAUCUUGAAGCGUCUGAUAGGUGUAGAAGAUGUGGAUGAAGUGCUGCAAUUGCAGCUGCUCAAAGAGAAGCAUACCUCGAAUGGCAUUUUCAAGUUGUGGGAGUCACACGACAAAGUACCACCGGAUUCCAUGCGCAAUCUAUUAAUGCGCUUCUUCGAUGUAACCACGCCCCCAACGCGUCAAAUGCUCACAUUACUCUCUGGAUUCUGUGAUGACAAUCAAGACAAAGAGCGACUGCAAUUGCUGGCAAAUGACUCAUCUGCCUAUGAGGAUUGGCGCCACUGGCGUCUACCACAUUUGCUGGAAGUGCUGGAAGAGUUCCCCUCCUGCAAGCCACCCGCCACGCUGGUAUUGGUCAAUUUAAUGCCGCUGCAGGCGCGCUUCUACUCGAUCUCCUCUUCGCCGCGCAAAGUCAAUAACGAAAUACAUCUGACAGUGGCCAUUGUGCGCUAUCGGUCUGAGGAUGGCAAUGGUGAUCAACGUUAUGGCGUCUGUUCUAAUUAUCUGGCCGGUCUGCAAGAGGGCGCUGACGUGCAUAUGUUUGUACGCAGCGCGCCCAGUUUCCAUUUACCCACCGAGCAUGCACGUCCGAUUGUGUUGAUUGGCCCAGGCACGGGCAUUGCGCCUUUUCGUUCGUUCUGGCAGGAAUUCGAGAUGUUGCGCGAGAUGAACGCGGAUGCACCACUGCCCAAAGUGUGGCUUUUCUUCGGCUGUCGCAAUCGCGAUGUAGAUCUGUAUGCGGACGAGAAGUUGCAGCUGGCGCGUGACAAAAUAUUGGACCGCGUCUUCUUAGCGCUAUCACGUGAGCCCAACAUACCGAAGGCUUACGUUCAGGACCUGAUUGAAAAGGAAUUCGAUUCACUGUACAAGUUGAUUGUGGAGGAGCAAGGUCACAUUUAUGUUUGUGGCGACGUCACAAUGGCCGAACAUGUCUACCAGACCAUCAGGAAAUGCAUUGCCGGAAAAGAACAAAAAACCGAAACGGAAGUUGAGACAUUUAUGCUAACAUUGCGGGACGCGAAUCGCUACCACGAGGAUAUUUUCGGCAUCACGCUACGCACCGCUGAAAUACACACGAAAUCGCGAGCUACAGCGCGUAUACGUAUGGCGUCACAGCCGUAAACGAAGCAUAUGCGCAGGCGUAAAGAGCAAAAUGAAAAUAUAAAAUUUAAAAUUCAAAAUUAAUUCAAAUCAAGGAACUCAAAAUCAAAAAUUCGAAAGCUCAAAAAUUUAAAAUUUUAAUAAAUUAUAUUGAAGCACACAAUUACUUAAAUUGGCCAUUAACUUGAAUGAAUUCUUUGUAUUAUAUCUUCAAAUCAUAUAAAUGUAAUUAUGUAAUUUGCUAAUUGCACAUAAGCACACUGAGCUGCAAUACAUACUUACAUACAAAUGGUACACUCAGCAUACUAAACACCUACUUACGAAUUGUAAUAUUGUCGAAUUUUGAGGUACUUGAGGUAACCCAUUGCUUUAAAGUUUUAAACAUCGUUAUUUAUUUGUGAUUUACAUAUGUACAUAUGCUCGUACAUACAGCUACUAUUAUUGGGAAAAUUCCAUAUUCACUCAACUAAGUAAUUCGGGCAAUACUGCUAAGCUUCUCUCCACCAACACACACACAUACGACCACAUACAUGCGCACAAACAAACAAAACUGCAUUCGUACAUAUCCACUUUGUUAAAUUCUUACUUGAAAUUCACCUAUCAACUAAAUACAUAUUUAUAAUUGCAAUUAGCCUAUCGAAUUGUUAGUUAUUUUAACAAUAGCAAAAUUAUAAAUAAAAUGUCCUUACAAC